CUUUGAAACCUCUUAACUCAGUUUCUUGAUGAGAGACCUUCAUCUCCUGUGUAGACAGGAUCUUUUUAAAGUCAGAGAAAGAACUGGAGCAGCUUUUCAAACACUCCAACAGAUAUAUUUGGUUUGAUUUCUGAUAUCUUCGGCCAACAUGCCUCGUCUCAUUAGUGGUUUCCCUCAAAUACCCAGGACACUUUUCACUCAUCCUGUGAGUACGUUCCUGCUGGUGGCCCUCCUCUUCAUACUGCAGUACAUAUUAGAAAGGGAUUUUGUGUGCUCGUGCAGACCAGGUGUACAUCGGAAUGAUGUCCUGUUCAUCAUUUUUCCUCCUGGGAUUCUUGCCUGGUUCGUUUACAUCACUGAGCCCAUCCACCAGAUGAGGAUUUUUCCAGGAUGGUGUUGUCUACGUAGGCGUAGCAGCAAUUCUCUCUGCAUUCUGUUAAAGUUUUUCCUGGACUACAUCAGUUUGGGGGUUUCAUGGUUCACCGUGAUUCUGUUUGAUGGAGACUGGUACCUGUGCCUGAAGACAAACCUGAACGCCUCUCAAACUGGAAUUCCUUGCAAGGAGAGUCUGACCUACGAGGAGCGCCUCAUUAAAGCUGGUUAUAAGACUGAAUCACUGGUCUACGGCCUCAUCGCCAUCUUCUGUUUUGUUCUUGUUUUGUUCAUUGGUGAAAACAUUCACAGCUGUUGUGUCAGAAAUGAGACAUGCUGUGGAAGCUGCCGUUCCAAACUGAAGCCUCCUCCUCACUACAGAGUGGUCUAUGAAGAUCUUUUGGAAGAGCACGUGAGAAGCCAUUUGAAAGACGAGCUAUCAGAAAUCGCAAAAAAAAGAGCAAAGGCAAUCUGUGAGCCUCUCCUUCAAGAGAUCACUCUCCAUGAGCUGGAACCGAACAACAGUGGAGAAGGAAACAACGGUGACGUAAAAGCUUUGGACACCUGGUGGAGUAUUUCAGCCUCUGAUUUCCACUCCAAAUACCUGCCUCAAGACAAUCCACAAGACCAUCCACAAGACAAUCCACAAGACCAUCCUCUAGACCAACCACAAGGCCAUCCUCAAGACAAUCCACCUGAGAGACAACGUAAUACAAGAAGAACUGGAGAGGCAGACAGUCAGGAAUCGCUGGAUCAAAAGAGAGAUCUCCUGGACAAUGCUGAUUUAAAUGAAGAAAAUACGUCUUCAGACGAUCUGAAUAUACUUAAUGAUUCAUUAAUUAUGAAAUAUUUUCCUCCCUCUGCAAUCUCAAAAUGACCUCACAGACUGUUAAUCACAAAAUGUUUUUCAGCAAUACCAAACAAGUGUUUGUGUUUUUAAUACUCACUAUAAUUGAAACAGACAGAAACACAUCACAUCCAGUCUAUUGUACAGGUGAUUGAUCAGGACCUUCUCCAAAGACUUGUUAAUGUUUAAAGUUACAAAACAUCCCUGUGAGGUCUUUCUAGAAUAGAAGGAACUGACUCUGUCCCUGAGCUGCAUUGCAUUUCUAAAUUUUGGUCGGCCAUCUUGAUUUUGAGAAAUGUCUUGUACACUUACCUUAUCUGGCCAGUAGGUGGCAGUGACUCACUGAGGUCCACUGAAAGAACUGAUGUGAAGUCUUACCAUCAGAAUCCAUGAAUUUAGUACUUUUUAAAAACAGUUCCUGAAUAAUUUACAACUGUAAGUGUGAGUGACUCUGAGGAGAGAAGUGUAAAUACAUGAGCUGGUGUUAUUAAUUUGUUGUACUGAUCAGAAAAAGAAUGCAUGUGAAAUACCAGUGUUACUUCAUCUUCAUAAAUGUAUUCAUUUAUUUUGAUAUUUCUGGUUUCUGUUGUAGAGAAUGACAUUAGGGCGGCUGUGGCCCGGUCAGUCAUCUCUCAAUCAUUUUUUGUGUAUACAUAUUUUUUUGCAUUUCCUUGUUUCCAUGUAGACUUCUCUUAGUUAGUAAUACAGGACAAUUAAAGCUGAAGCCAUUUCCUGCUUCUUCUUCAUCA